UGACCUCUCCCAUCAACAAGGCAUUUCCACUGCGGAACGUCCGCUAAGCGGAUGUUUUUUAUUUUUCAGUCUCUAGAGUAAAGGUCGACCAAUAGUGGAUUUUACCGACACUGAUAACUAAAGUUUCAAACGAUUAAUCAACCGAUAGAUUUUUAAAACCGAUACUGAAUGAAAACAUCACACAGUAAAAUAAUGCUGAACUGAAUUACAAAAAUAAACAGUACUGACUGUAACAUGAAAAUGUACUGUACUCUUUUUUCCAAAUGAAAUUAAUAUAUAUUAAUAUAUUAGCUAUUAACAAAUAUUCAAGUAAAUUAAAGUUAUACUUGCAAACUGAACCAAAAAGCAACACUUCAAAUAGCAAAUAAAAAUAGAGACAUCCAAAAUGAAUCAAAAAACACUUCAAAUAAUAACAACAAAAUCUGUCAGUGAUUUUUAUUCGCCUCUAGAGGCCGCUCUCGUACUGUGGACAGUGGACAGUGGUGCUUUCUCUGCCGCUCCCGCAACCAGGAAAAACUAUCGGUGUGGAUAUUUGCUGAUAGCUAAUGAGUCAUCCUCUACUCUAGAGUCAGCCUCUACUCUAGAGCUUUCUGUGUAAAUUCUAGAGAUUGUUGUUUGUGAAAAUCCCAGGAUAUCAAAUGAGUCUAUAUUGUUGUUAUCAAGGGGUGAGCAAACUUUUGCCCUCGUGAAUUAUAAAAGAACAAUUCUUGGUAGGCGACAGACUUUUUGGACCCUAUGGUGAUCUGCGGUUGGUUGAUUUACUAAAAUGAUGACGAACCAGCCGUUGUUAAACAUGACUGCGCAUGUCCGUGCUGUGUGCUGAUAGGAGCAGUGUGUGAAGUGUACGAUUACAAUGAAGCCUUGUCUGUUUCUGUUUAGGUGACGAGCAUGGUAAGUACUUUGUCUUGAGUGUUCUUGUCUUGUGUUCUGCUUUUUGCGUGUCUGCUUCUUCUCCAGGCCACACACACACACACACACACACACACACACACACACACACACACAACACACAGCUCUUCCAGCAUGUUCACCUCCAGCUCACGCCCACCACCUCAACUCGGUCACAGCUGCACUGGCCUGCUAGCAUUCAACUCUGUCUGCUUCUCCAGAGUUAUUAUCUGCGAGCUCUUUGUGCUUUUUCAACAUUGCACGGAGCAAUGUUGUUUUUUUUUUUUUUUAACUUUAAUAAGACCAUGUUGGCGUAAGGAAGGAUGUCUUUUGUAUCCUUUGUGCACUCGCAGGUCUGCGCCCGGCUCUUGGAGCUUGUUAAUUAACCUUUGCCACAUUGAUGUGCACAAAAUUGUAAGCAUGCCUUGAAUCGAAGACAAACCUGAAUGUCUAUGUGCAGGGUUAGCCGUUAGCCUCAUCAGGAAGAUUAAAGCUCGAGUUAAUGAGUCAGUAUAUAAAGGAGAAAGACUCCACAGUGUCCUCCACACCUGCAUUCACCAUUAGCUUUGUGUUGUUGACUCCGUUCGGUAGCCUUGAUGGCUCAAUGUAGUGGGAAAAUGUAACACUGGAGAAAAGAAGGUUAUUAUUGCUUACUUUUUACUUGCUAAAGACAUUUUAUUUGUCAGAGAGGGACACUUCUGGUGAUAACGCUAACACACAGGUCAAUAUGUGUAUGGACGGAUACACUACUUCACCUGUUUGGGUAAUGAAUGCGAGUUUAAGAAUACGAAAGACGUUCUUCUGAGCGCACGGCAGUCGCACAAAAACUUAUUUUAAUCAAUCGCCGGGUCUGAUUCUGGUGCACGUUCCUUUCCAAAGUUAAUGUUUUCAUGGCCAUGGACCGAUGCACUUUAUAGCUCCUUUGCUUGUCUGGCUUGGUCGUCGUAUCAUACAUUGAGCGCACAUCUUUUCCUUCUACUGCUGGACUUCUUUUGCCAUCCUCUUUGAAUCCUGAACACUUUUUAUACAGGAUCAGACCGUGAAGGACAAAGCCCUCCAGAGCAUGGCAUCCAUGUCCUCAGCACAGAUCGUCUCCGCCACGGCUAUCCACAACAAGCUGGGCCUGCCAGGCAUCCCUCGACCCGCCUUCCCCGGAGCGGCUGGGUUUUGGCAGGGCAUGAUAUCCACGGGACAGCCAGGAUCCUCACAAGACAUCAAGCCGUUUGCGCAGCAGGCCUACCCCAUACAGCCCACCGUCACAACAGCAAUUUCAAGUUACGAGUCCACAGCAGCACCAGCACCCACAGUACCAGCGUGGCAGGGCCGCUCCAUCGGCACCAGCAAGCUCAGGCUGGUUGAAUUCUCGGCUUUCCUGGAGCAGCAGAGGGAGCCGGAAUCAUACAACAAGCACCUUUUUGUACACAUCGGUCAGACAAAUCACUCCUACAGUGAUGCCCUGCUGGAGUCGGUGGACAUUCGUCAAAUUUAUGACAAAUUUCCAGAGAAGAAAGGAGGACUGAAGGAGCUCUUUGGUAAAGGCCCUCAGAAUUCCUUCUUCCUCAUAAAGUUUUGGGCCGACUUAAACUGCAACGUUCUCGAGGAAACCGGGGCGUUUUAUGGCGUCACCAGCCAGUACGAGAGCCCGGAGAACAUGACCAUCACUUGCUCCACUAAAGUCUGCUCAUUUGGCAAGCAGGUGGUGGAGAAAGUGGAGACGGAAUAUGCUCGCUUCGAGAACGGACGCUUCGUGUACCGGAUAAGCCGCUCUCCCAUGUGCGAAUACAUGAUUAACUUCAUCCACAAGCUCAAACACCUGCCUGAGAAGUACAUGAUGAACAGCGUGCUGGAGAACUUCACAAUCCUAUUGGUGGUCACAAACAGAGACACACAGGAGACCCUGCUGUGCAUGGCGUGUGUGUUUGAGGUGUCGAACAGCGAGCACGGGGCUCAGCAUCACAUCUACAGACUGGUGAAAGAAUGAAGCUCGUGCCAGCCAGCAGAUCUGUCCUAUAGACUCUGAACCUCAAUAAAAAAAAAAAGUGGCAGUGCCUCUAGUUCAACACUCACCCGCAGCGACUCAAGCUCUCAUCCGGGUGAAGCUUAUUGUUAUUAUUAUUUUUUUCAGUCUUUAUUAAUGUAUAUGUGUUCGAUGUUUUGACUGCAGCUGUGAAUCACGGUACAGUUGUAUUAUGUUUUGAUACAGGAAAGAAUCAUUUUAAAGGAAGCCUAAUCGACUCUUCUCCGUAGGACGUGUGUAUAUAUAAAUAUAUAAAGUGGCAGUAUCAUUAGACUUCGAGGUUGGCUUGAAUUUAGAUUAAAUCUGGCUGAGAAAGGCAACGUUUUAGGUUUUAAUCCUAUUAUAAUUAAUGUACACCUUAAAAGCAGAUUUAGACUUUAGGUUCAUAUAAAACAAUACCGUCUAUGAAUGUGUAAGUGUCUGUGUAUAAAUGUAUAUACCCACAUACCUGUAGUCUUUCCAAAGAUUAAAAAAAGUAUUUCAUUUUGAAACAUUUGGUUGAUUAUAGAGGAAUAACUGUAGAGGCCAUCAAAAUAAUAAUAAUAAUAAUAGAGUUACUCAAUUUCGGCAUCUGUAGCAUUCAGGGAAUUUAAAAGUCCAGUCCUUGAAAAAAAUCUCACGUGUCUCACCUGCAAUAAACAAAAAAAAUGUAACCUUUACUCUAUCUAAUAUACUGCAAAUAGUUCCUGCUAACGUUUUAGUGGAUAAACGAGUCACCGAGGGUGCUUUCACACCUAUUAGUCCGUUUGUCGAGUCCGAAUCAGAGUGAAUUGAAUACUUUCGGUAUGUUUUCUACAGUUUCACGUUGCACAUAAUUAAACGAACCAAACGAAGGGCUGAAAACGUGUGUGAAAUAUGUUUUUCAUUCAUUGUUCAGAAAUAUGGCGACUUAAAAAGGUUAACAAAAUAAGUCGAAAUGUUUAGAAAUCACAAGCGUCACAUCUGAUAUUUUUGCCGUAAUGUGACACUGCAGGACUGUGUGGACAAAUCAGGCCUUAGCCUCUGUUCUAGAUUGGAUGCAUGUCUGAUUAGUGACUGCGUGACAUGAAUGCGAAUGGUCAGAAUGGAAUUCAUUUGGCUCCCGACACCCUCUCCCCACAACGCUUAUGUACAUAUUAUGUAUGUUGUCAUUAUCAAUAGUGUCAGCAGUGUAUCAGCAAAACAACAAUGUAGGACAGCGAUGUAGGACAGCGAUGUAUCCUUCCACUAUAUUCAGUGGAAGCACAGGGAAAAUAGUUCUUCAUACAUGUAGAAUCGAUUGAAGCAAAAUUGGAAGGAACAUAUCGAAACGGAGUAGCGUAGUGAACCAACUGCGAAUGCAGGAUGUUUGGCUAGAUAGAUAUACUCACACUAAAGACAGAUAUGGGGCACUAGUGUGAACAGUCAAGACACACAUCCAAUCUGAGCAAAAAAUCUGAAUCGUGCAAUGAAGCUUGUAAUGUGAAAAUAGCCAAAAUAAACAAACAUGUAAAUUAGCAGUUUAAAACACGUACCACAUCCAGAGUUUUUUGAAUGAUAGUCGAAUCAUUUUUUCACUACAAUCAAAACUGCCCUAGAAUUCACUUGGAAGCAAGUUGAGGCCACCACGCUGAGAUGCUCUCAUACCGGUUGAUUUUUUUUUUUCUUUUCCGCACCCGGUUGCUGUGUUCUCACCUAAAGAACCAAGGACGAAAACACACCGGGUUUCAAUUCAAACAGGCUGAACGCUGCAUGUGUGAAAGCACCCUAAAAGCAAGAAAGCACUACAUAUAACACCAGAGGCGAGCUGAUUGUCAAAAUGUCCCUAGCACUUGGAUUCUUUUGGGACAUGCCUUAUCAAGCGAACCUACGUUUUCAGUUUAUCCGACGAGACACAAUCAUAUUAUCUACAGACAUCAGGGAAGAUUCUUUCAAAACUCGUCCUUUAAUCACGUACCUGUCCCGUUUUUUGAUGAGUCCUAAUCCCAGUGUCCUCUGCUGCCUUUAACCCCAACACCAAGCCUCUGUGGCCUCCUAAAAACUGCGAGCCUUAACCAUGGCUGAGAGAUUUUUGGGUUUUUUUUUUUUCCUUUAAAAAAAAAAAGAUGCCACUAAAACUGUGAGCUCUUUCCUAAGCUGGAAGACUUUUCACGUCCUCGUCCCAUGUCGUUCCAUGGAAGUGUACAGUCACAGAGCUGCCAAAGCAUAACAAAGCACAGUGCCUUAAUGGAUGCCUAUAUUCACGUGAGCUGAGAAAACACUAAGUUCAUCGUUUUUUUUUGUGGUCUAAAUGAGAAAAGACUAGCGUGGCUAGUGUGCACGUCAGCUCCAGCUACCACUACAUCCUAGAAAUCUAGUAAAACACUACCAAACUAGCCAUGCCUUUCUUCUUAUCAGAAGAGACCAAAAAUAUAUAUAUCCCUGGAGGCACGAUGAAUCUCCUCCUCGUUUCCUGCACUGUAGCAUACAAGUGCCUUUGGUUCACGUUUUUCCAGCUUAGAAAAGACAAAUCGUAUUUUGCAUGACUAUGAUCAGAACCAAAUAUGUGGAUGUAAAGUCAAAUAUUCACCACAAUGCCUUGCUAAAAGUUUAUAGUAGACGACAAGGGACGGUGGUUAAAUAGUAAAAAAAAAAAUAUAAUGUAUCGACUUUUAAUCAGAGAUUAUUAAUUAUUUGUUCUGUUGUAAAAUAUUUUGCGACACAUCUCAGUUUGUGUUCAAUCCAGAUUUUUAAAAAUCCUGAACUUGUUAGAGACUGCUUGUUACUGUAAAUUGGAAGCCCUUUGUGAUAUUUUCUCUAGACUGGCGUUUUUUUUUGUUGUUGUUGUUGUUUGUUUUUUUUUCAUUUUGUUUUUUAUCAGAAUGCAUAACUUUGAACACUAUUUGAAGUGGAUUUUAAAAGUCCACUUUAUUGGUUAAAACCUUCAGCACAGUUUAAUGUUCUCCUUUAACACUAUUCACCCAAGUUAUUAAUUUCACUCGUUUCUAAACUGCUGUCAUAUGGUUUUAAUGGUUUCAUUGAUCUCCGUGUUGUACUGCUUAAUGUCAACUGUGGACUUUAGUAUGCGUAACAUGAAAACGACAAAUUGUUUCGAUUUUAUUUCCCCGCUUAUUUCUCUGUUCUGGUUCACAUUGUGUGAGUUGCAUAUGGAGAUUUUUCAUGUAUUACUGUUCUACGUGUACACAACUUUUGUUUGUUUGUUUGUUUGUGAUGACAUCAGUAUAUUCGGAAGCCCUGUGUGGCCGUGAUGCUGUUACUGCUGCGCUGCUGGCACCUUGGACCUUCUGUUCCGCCUUUACUUCACCUGGGAGCUGAAUACGAAUGAUUGUACGCUGAAUGUUAGAAGGACAUUCAUUUUGACAGUAAUGGACACUGAGCAGUCGCUUUCUAGAGGAAUGAUGACCGCACGUCAGCAGUCUAGCUCUUUGUUUCUUGAUUUGUAUUUUUGUCUAUGUGUAGGUACUGGUACCUCCUUUGUUUGUUACCAUUUAAGAAGUUGGCUUUAAAACGAACUAUUCUCUAGUUCAAAAUAGUAUCAUUUAAAAAAAAAAAAAAAGAAAAGAAAGAAAGAAAACUAUUGGAUUUGUGUGCAGAGAUUUUUUUUUUUGUAAAAAGGUGCUUUGUAUAAAAUUAUAUAUUCUGGCUUUUCUUGGUACAAAGGCGUGAGAUCUUUUAAUAUCAUUAAUGAUGGUGAAGAGCUGGAGCAAAGGUGAGAGAGAGGAGAUGGGAAAACCUGCUAUGUGUACGUGUUCCUUACUGCAUAUGGUCUUGUCUUUGCUCUGUAACAUUUUUGAUGCCUUCUUGAUAAAGUGGUAGAUAUUUUGUAGCUUUCUAGAUACUUUGUAUGUAUACCAUAUUGAAUAAAAUAAAUAAGGAAAACUG